CCGCCUGUUCCGUCCCUCGGCUCGCUAUGAUCACCACACACCUUUUGGAGGGCAAGACUGUAAUCGUAACGGGGAGCAGCACGGGCAUCGGCGCGGCGAUUGCGAUAGCGUGUGCGAACCAUGGCGCGCGUGCCGUGGUCCUGCACCACCUGGGCGAAUCCACGCUCGCAGACGUCAGUGAAGUAGCCGAGCGCGUGCGCGCCGCCGGCGCCCACUCAGUGCUCGUGGAGGGCGACAUCGCGUCACCUUCCACCGCAGAGUCGCUCGUGAAGGCCGCGCCGUACGGGCGCAUCGACGUGCUGGUAUCGAACGCCGGCAUCUGCCCCUUCCACGCGUUCCUCGACCUGCCGCACGACCUCUGGCGGCGCGUGCAAGAUGUCAACCUUAACGGCGCCUUUUACGCCGUGCAGGCCGUCGCGAAUGCCAUGGCGGCGCAGGAUCCGCCGGGCGGCAGCAUCGUAGCGAUCAGCAGCAUUUCGGCGCUCAUGGGCGGUGCGGAGCAAUGUCACUAUACGCCAACGAAGGCGGGCGUCAAGAGCUUGAUGGAAAGCUGUGCGAUUGCGCUGGGACACCUGGGGAUUAGGUGUAACUCUGUGCUGCCUGGGACCAUCGAGACGAAUAUCAAUAGGGACGACCUUGCGGAUCCACAGAAGCGCCGGGAUAUGACAAGGAGGAUUCCAAUCGGGCGUCUCGGCGAGCCGGACGACAUUGCGCAGCCUGUCGUCUUCUUUGCGAGUGACAUGGCGAAAUACUGCACCGGCGCGAGUUUGCUCGUCGACGGUGGCGCGGCGAUCAGCCUGCAGUAGGACGUGAGGGACGUUGCGCCAAAUACACUAUCGUCACCGUGCACCCCCCAUAAACACUCGGUGCUGCCUCGGUGUCAGCAACGUAACCGGCAUGCCCGAACGCUUACGUUCUCCCGAGCCGCGAAGAACGAAGUUGUUCUCAGGCAGACAUGGGGUUGGCUAAGGUUGCGGGAGGGUCUAGUGAGCAAUGAAAUGCAUGGCUAAGGUUGCGGGAGGGUCUAGUGAGC